AUGACGGGAUGCUGUGGCACAUUUCAGUGGAUGGCUCCUGAAGUGCUCACCAGCCAGAAAUACUCCUUGUCCGCUGACGUGUACAGCUUUGGAGUCAUUAUGUGGGAAAUUUGUGAAGAAUCCGCACCCUUCAAAGGCCUAGCUCCAGCUCAGAUCCCUAUCGCAGUUGUCCAAGACCGACGGCGACCCAUAAUCUCACCUAAAACUCCGCCGCCACUCCGUGAUCUCAUCCAGCGCUGCUGGCAACACGAACCAGCUCUCCGACCUAGUGCAGCUGAUAUAGUUGGCAUCCUCCAGAGCUUUUUCCCAACCGCAUAA